UGGCGGCCGUCGGAGCGGCCCAGCGAGCGGACUGAUCCCGCACCGAGCUGUCACACCCGCAGCUCCCGGGGGCGAACACCUCGUCGCUGUCCGAGUCGCACCGGACCCGAGCGGUUCUCCCGGUACCGACCCACGACGAGCUGGACCGACGUGCUGCCGAGAGGACACGCAGACACACGGCCCUCCUCGGUCUAUGGGCUCUCAGUCCAGUUCUGGGAUGUCUGGUGGAAGGAGCUCCUCCAGUGACAACCCAGCGGAGCGGUCCGAAGCAGCAGAGCCGAACCGGAGCCGCAGGACGGCGGACAGACAGUCAGCAGCAGCAGCACCUUCAUCACCAUCAUCAUCAGCAGCAGCAGCACCACCAUCAUCAUCAUCAGCACCAGAGGAGGACGUCGACCUAGCUGAAGUGCUGGCUUACCUACUGAGGAGGGGCCAGGUCAGACUGGUCCAUGGCAGUGGAGCCACAGGGCUGCAGCUGGUCCAGUCGUACUCUGACUCUGACGAGGACAGCGAUGGAGCCUGGGAGGGUCGGCUGGGAGACCGCUACAACCCGCCAGUGGACACCCAGCCGGACACACAUGAAGUGGACCUCAGCGAGAUCCGAACUCAGAUCCUGCUGGCCACAGCCUCGUCCACCCAGAAAGGCCGACAGGGCUUCACACACAUGCUAGCAGAGAGGGAAAAAGGCAGAUGUAAAGGCUCCAGUUUUUCUCACGGGGAGUGCAGUCGUAUCCGCACACAUUUCUUGCCAAACCAUGUGUCCCACAAGGACACAUACCAGCAGAAAGCUUUCUGUGGAGUGUACAGCGAGGAGGGCAACAUGUUCCUCUCUGCCUGCCAAGACCAGAACAUCCGCCUGUACGACACCACCAAGGGGCGUUUUAAACUGCUGCGGACGGUGAGGGCUCGAGAUGUAGGCUGGAGCGUGCUGGACGUCUGCUUCACUCCCGACGCGCAGCAUGUGCUCUACUCCAGCUGGUCUGAUUACAUUCAUUUGUGCAGUAUAGAUGGCGACAGUGAAAACCACACCUCCCUGGACCUCAAUCCAGAUGAGAGGAGGUUCUGUGUGUUCUCCCUAGCAGCCUCCACAGAUGGCAAAGAGAUCCUAGGAGGAGCAAACGACGGCUGCCUGUAUGUUUUUGACCUUGAGCAGAAUAAACGAACGUUGAAGAUUGAUGCCCAUGAGGAUGACGUGAACGCAGUUGCAUUCGCUGACGGCUCGUCCCAGCUGCUCUUCUCUGGCAGCGACGACGCACUAUGCAAGGUGUGGGACAGACGGACGCUGCGGGAGGACAGACCGCAGCCUGUCGGAGAGCUGGCCGGACACCGAGACGGCAUCACCUUCAUCCACAGCAAGGGUGAUGCACGCUAUCUGAUCAGCAACUCCAAGGACCAGUCCAUCAAGCUCUGGGACGUCAGAAAGUUCUCACCCAAAGAGGGCUUGGCAGCGUCCCGACUGGCUGUCACCCAACAAAACUGGGAUUACCGCUGGCAGCAGGUUCCCCAGAGAGCCCUGAGGAGACACAAGCUGACAGGCGACACAUCGGUGAUGACCUAUCGUGGUCACGGCGUGCUGCACACCCUCAUCCGUAGCCGCUUCUCACCGGAGUUCACCACCGGGCAGAGGUUCAUCUACUCCGGCUGCUCAACCGGAAAGAUCGUCAUUUAUGACGUCCUGACGGGCACCGUGGUUUCAAGACUGUCGGGUCAUGACGCCUGCGUGAGGGACGUCAGCUGGCAUCCAUACGAGGACACCAUCAUCAGCAGCUCGUGGGACGGAGCAGUGCGAAUGUGGGAGCACAGACAAACGCAUCCUCUAGAGGAGGAGAGAGAGCGGGUCUGACGGCUAGAGGAAAGAGACAAAAAGGAAAAGAUGUCGGGGGAAGAGACAUCACCACAGACGGAGAGACUGAACAGAGGCCGACGAUAAACCCAGAGGGACUGGGAGAGACUUUAAAUAUCUUCUAAAGUUAAUGCUGGAUAUUAAUGAUUCCAAUUAUAGCGUGGAUGUGAAGUGAUCAGUUGGAAAGCACCAUAGCCUUGACAUUGUAACGGUCAGGUUAGAGGGACACCGAGGACAACCUGCUUCUGUUUGUUUGGUUUUCUUAUGUUUUUUGACUCACUUGUUGUGAACAGAGUAAACAGGCCAAACAUUUUUCAUUUGGCCUGAAACUCUGAAAAAUGUGCUGAAGCUGGGAAAAAAAGCUACACAGCACUUAUUAAUAAUGAGCUGUUGAAAAGUAAUGGUAAGCUAGUUCAAUGUCAAAUCAAUGUUGGAUUUUGCAGGGAGCAACCGAGAAGAAUGAUUCUGUAUAAAUGUAAAGUACUUUAAUGGUAUGUGCAUUCAGGGAGUGUAUUUAGAUUGUUGUUAGUGCUGAUUUGACUUUGCUUCAGAGAUUCCACAUGUAAAAAAACAUAUUGUAUAUGAAAAUAUGGAAACAAUCCACCUACAAUAAACCUAUCAUGUCGUUUUUGUAAACCCGGUGGUCACCAGGCCCGCCCGAAUACACUGUUAGUUUACAGUCAACCUCACGGUAAUGUUAGUCCUCUUUAAAGAUGUCUUAAAGUGGAAAGCAGCUCCUGUAUUUAAACACAGCACCGGUCUUGAGCACUCAACUCUGUAAACACCAGCCCUGAGCCAAAAAAAAACAAUUGUUGGCCAAUAUAAGCCUGUGAUCUGCUCAGAAAAGGUUUGAAUGUGUGUAAUAAUGUGUUACAGACAGAAAUAGGGGACAGGGGAUAUGAGUGUGGAUUAAAACAUACACACUCACUCGUUUAUGCAAUUUUCAGGUGUUUAUAUCAAAGCCCAUAUUUCUCUCUCUGACCGUUGUUUUACAGUUACAAUAAAAUCUUUAUUUAAAUGUG